CAACAUUCUAGGGUUCGGUACUGAAAUUAAUGGCGUCUAAUGUUUCACUGUACGAAAUUCUUGGGAUUCCAGGGAGCGCAAGCAGCCACGAAAUCAAAGCUGCAUAUAGGAGGCUGGCGAGAAUUUGUCACCCUGAUGUUGUUUCGAUGAGUCAGAAGCAAAUUUCAGCUAAUGAGUUCAUCAAAAUCCAGGCAGCGUAUUCUACGUUGUCCGACCCGGAGAAACGUGCUGAUUAUGACAGGGAUCAAAUUUACAGGCAGAGAAGAUCUUCUCUCAAGGCAGAUACAGGGGCGGCUGCUACUUCGUUCAUGGCGGGCAACCGUACUGGUUAUACUAGUAGGAAUUGGGAGACAGAUCAAUGUUGGUAAUGGUUGUUCUUUCUCCUGUGUUUGGCAUGGAGAGGUUAGCCCUUAGCCGUUUGAAUUAAUAAGAUGUAAAAAAAAAUUUAUGUUAUAAAUAAAUAACAAUAAGUCAA